AUGGAUCAAGUACAACCAUACAUCCAAUCAUUCAUUCAAUUUUUUAAGGAUUCAUUCCGUUUAAUUAAAAAAUGUACCAAACCCGAUCGAAAAGAAUAUCAAAAGAUCGCUAUGGCAACAGCAAUUGGAUUUGCUAUCAUGGGUUUUAUUGGUUUUUUUGUGAAACUUAUUCACAUUCCAAUCAAUAACAUCAUUGUGGGCUCAUAA